AUGAGGGGUGUAUCCUUCAUCGCAUCGUUCUCCGUGCAUCGCUAUCCGCCCGCGGUGUGGGGCGACGAAGAGGACGAGGAGGAGGACGUCGAAUGGGACGAUGAGGGAUACGAAGACGAGGACCCCGACCUCGCGGAGGAGCAGGAGGAGCGCGAGCGCAUGUCCGUGCACCAGAGCGAGCGCGGCGGUCCGAUGGGGAUGGUGAUGGAGCCAGACGAUGGCAUGAGCUGGGAGGACGGUGCCGUGGAGGCCGCGCAAGACAAGACAAGGCUGCAGCUCGCGAUCGAGGCCGAGGCCGAGGCUCAGCGCGCGCGGCAGCAGCAGCAGGAGCAGCUCAUCGCUCAGCAGCGCCAGCAGGCCGAGCAAGAGCAGGAGCGGCAAGUCCAGAUGCAAAUACGGCAGCGCAUCGAGGAACAGCGGCGUGAACAGCAGGCACAGACGCAGGUACAGACACAAACGCUCCGCACGCAGUCGUCGCGUGAGCAGCUGGGCAUCGUCGAUGUCGCAGCGGGCGCGCCGACGAAGACGCUGGAUCCCGCACAGGCGACGGAGACGCGCAAGAUCAGCAUGACGCCGCCCGUCGCGCGCGUGGAGGACCCGCGCCCGUCGCCAACGGGGAGCAGCCAGGGUAGCCAGCGCCGGCAGUCGGACGAGCGCAAGCGCAGCCGUGAGGAGGCGGAGGCGGAGGAGGCCGCGCGCAAGAAGGUCAAUGGGAGCUUCACUGACAAGGGGAAGAGCGGCCCCGUCUCCUCAGGCGGCAAGCCGGCCGGCGGCGCGAAGCUGCGCAAGGAGCGCGACUCGACGGACGACGAGAGCGGGAGGGACAGGGACAAGAAGAAGAAAACUGGGGGCAUGUUCGGGGGCAUAUUUGGGCGUCGGAAGGACAAGGACAAGUCGAGAGACAAGGGGGACAACGCCAGCGUCACGAGCGGCGGCAGCGGGGGCGAGUUCGGCCGGGAGUCGGAGGAGUCGGGCAAGUCGCUGAGGGAGCAUGGUAUCUCGUCGCCGCCGCCGCCGCUGGCGGAGCCUACCUCGCCCGUGACGGCGAUGGCGAGACAGCAGCAGCAGCAGGGCGGGUACAAACCUCAGCCUGGACAACAAUCCCAGCAGGCACCGCAGACGCCGCCGCAGGCCGCCACAGUGCAGAUCUCGCAGCAUGUCUCGACGUUGCGGCAGCGCGACCAGCAGCAGCAAGCGCUGUACCAGCAGUAUCUCAACCGCUCUCCGUCCACUCCCCCAGAGCCGUCAUACGGGACACAGUCCGUAGCCGCGGUUCUGGGUGGCUCGAUGUCGUUCAAUUCGUCCAUCAAUUCCGCGUCUGGCCUCAAUGUUGGUUCGUCGCGCCCGCGUCCUGGGUCUCUUGUGCUGUCACCGUCGGGUAUGGACGGGCAGGGCGUCGGCCUGCCUGACCUGAGCGUGGUGCGCGUCUUCGCCGGUGAUCAGCUGCAGACGGAGGCUACAUUCAAGACGGUUCUGCUCAAUAAUUCCACUACCGCGUCGGACCUCGUGCGCCAGGCCAUUCAGCGCUUCAGGCUACCAGCUGGGGAAGAUGAGAAGGAUUACUACCUGACGAUCAAGCAGGUUGAGGGCUCGUCCGCCAAGCUUCUGCCACACGAGAAGCCACUAGGUGUCUUUGAGUCGCUCGUAGAGGCGGCUUUGGAGCUGCCAAAGGUCAAGCGAAGCAGUGUCGGCAGUAUCAGCUCUGUGGCUAGCAACUUGUCGAUGCACCCGGCGAUCAAGAAACUGUCCAUGAACGACUUUACAGACGACUCUGCCGUCAAGUUCUAUUUGAACAGGAAGGGCGAUGACAUGAAUGACAGCUUUCUCGGCGAGGAUGGAGACGCCACUCUGCUUGUCGAAAGCCCCCAGGACGAUAAUGGGGAAACGUCUCCCAAGGCCCGCCCUCAGUACCUCACCGUAUCUGGCAGCCAGAACAGUGUUGGAGCUGAGCGCUUCAGUUCUCCUUCCUUCAGAUUUGCUCUCCAGCUUGUCAUUUACCCUGAUGACUUGCCGGACGACAUGGUGUUUGAUCCACUGACUGAAGCUAUCGUCUUCAAGCACACGUUGCGGGAUCGUUCACAAUCAAGCAUGAUUAUGUCCCCCGGUAUCUCUCAGACGAUGCGUAAGAAAGUCUUCGUCUUCCCCAAGAAUGUGACUGUCGCUGAGGUGAUUGAACUUGGCUUGGAGAGAUUCGGUAUCCUUGAGGGUGUUGUCGACGGUGGCGACGAAAUUGAGGACAAGCUCACUAAGCGUAGGAGCUCUUCGCGCGUGCGUUACGGCUUGGCAGUCGAGAUCGGUGGUAAAGGUGAAGAAUUUGGAUUUUGUCUACUCACCCGUGUACUGACAAACCCAUCAUAG